CAGCAGCAGAAGAAGAGAAGACCGAAGAAGAAGAAGAAAAGUAUAAACAGGACGAAUUUGUAACGAUGCUCGGUCCUCUGCAGCUGUAGCUUCAUCAGGACCCAGCUGGUCUCGGUACCAUGGCGGACCGGGAGGAGCGCCGCUUCGCAGAGGUUUCUCGCGACUCUGUGAAGCUGAUGGCRGAGAGCUCAGGAGUGGAACUGGGUGACGAUGUGGCCGCUCUGCUGGCUGAAGAUGUCUGCUACCGUCUGCGAGAGGCGGCUCAGAGCAGCUCUCAGUUCAUGAGGCAUGCUAAACGCAGGAAGCUGACAGUGGAGGACUUUAACAAAGCUCUGCGCUGGAGUAACGUGGAGGCCAUCAGUGGCUACGGGUCUCAGGACGCGCUGCCGUUCCGUUCAGUGAAAGAAGGAGAACUUUUCUUUGUGGAGGACCGAGACAUCAACCUGAUUGAGUUGGCUUUGGCCACCAACAUUCCUAAAGGUUGUGCUGAGACCAUGGUACGAGUAAAUGUGGCGUACCUGGAUGGUAAAGGCAACAUAGAACCUCAGGGGACAGUUCCCACUGCAGUGCAGUCUUUAUCUGAAGACCUUCUCAAGUACUACCAGCAGAUCACCCGGGCCAUCCUGGGAGAGGACCCCCAUCUGAUGAAGGUGGCCCUGCAGGAUAUCCAGUCCAACUCUAAGAUCGCUGCUCUGCUGCCGUACUUUGUUUAUGUGAUCAGUGGAGUGAAGUCAGUGAGCCACGACUUGGAGCAGCUCAACCGGCUCCUGCACAUGGUGAAGAGCUUGGUCCAGAACCCCUACCUGUACCUGGGCUCAUACGUGCGCAGUCUGGUCUCCAGUGUCAUGUACUGCAUCCUGGAGCCGCUGGCCGCCUCCAUUAACCCACUCAACGACCACUGGACCCUGAGGGACUAUGCUGCCCUGCUGCUCAGCCACAUAUUCUGGACUCAUGGAGAUCUGGUGAGCGGUCUGUACCAUCAGAUCCUGCUUUCUCUCCAGAAGGUUCUGUCUGACCCAGUGAGACCACUCUGUUCCCACUAUGGAGCUGUGGUGGGCCUUCACGCUCUGGGCUGGAAGGCUGUAGAGAGAGUGCUCUUCCCACACCUGCCGGCCUACUGGGCCAACCUGCAGGCGGUCCUGGAUGACUACUCUGUGUCCAACGCCCAGGUCAAGGCAGACGGACACAAGGUCUACGGAGCCAUUCUGGUUGGUACACUGACCCUCUGACCGAUGUUCAGUAAA